AUGGCGGCACCGGCUGUGGGCAUUGACCUGGGAACGACUUACUCGUGCGUCGGAGUUUUCCAGCACGGAAAAGUUGAAAUCAUCGCCAACGACCAGGGCAACAGGACCACCCCCAGCUAUGUUGCAUUUACCGAGACUGAGCGCCUUAUUGGCGACGCUGCCAAGAACCAGGUUGCGAUGAACCCCAACAACACCAUUUUUGAUGCCAAGAGACUGAUUGGCCGCCGCUUUGAGGACACUUCCGUGCAAAACGACAUGAAGCACUGGCCAUUCACCGUCAUAAGCGACGGCGGCAAGCCUAUGAUCCAGGUCAUGUACAAAGACGAGCAGAAGGUGUUUUCUCCCGAGGAAAUCAGUUCCAUGGUGCUGGUGAAGAUGAAGGAGACUGCAGAGGCAUAUCUCGGAAAAUCCGUCAAAGACGCCGUGAUCACUGUGCCUGCCUACUUCAACGACAGUCAGCGCCAAGCAACAAAGGACGCCGGCGUGAUUUCCGGACUGAACGUGCUCAGGAUCAUCAACGAACCCACAGCGGCAGCCAUCGCUUACGGUUUGGACAAAAAGGCUCAAGGUGAACGCAACGUUCUCAUCUUCGAUUUGGGCGGCGGCACCUUUGAUGUGUCCAUCCUGACCAUCGAGGAUGGCAUCUUCGAGGUCAAGUCCACUGCGGGAGACACCCAUCUGGGAGGAGAGGACUUUGACAACCGAAUGGUGAACCACUUCGUGCAGGAGUUCAAACGGAAGCACAAAAAGGACCUGAGCGUCAACAAGCGUGCCCUGAGACGUCUGCGCACGGCCUGCGAGCGGGCAAAGCGCACCCUCUCUUCGUCCACCCAGGCCAGUCUCGAAAUCGACUCCUUGUUUGAGGGCAUUGACUACUACACCUCAGUCACAAGAGCUCGUUUCGAAGAGCUGAACUCAGACCUUUUCAGAGGCACCUUGGAACCGGUGGAGAAGGCUCUCAGGGACGCCAAAAUGGACAAAAACCAAGUCCACGACAUAGUCCUCGUGGGCGGCUCCACCCGCAUCCCAAAGAUCCAGAAGCUCCUCCAGGACUUCUUCAACGGCAAAGAGCUGAACAGGUCAAUCAACCCUGACGAGGCCGUUGCCUACGGCGCUGCUGUCCAGGCAGCCAUUCUGCACGGAGACAAGUCUGAGGAGGUGCAAGACUUGCUUCUGUUGGACGUCACUCCCCUCUCGCUCGGAAUUGAAACAGCGGGAGGCGUGAUGACCGCUCUGAUUAAAAGAAAUACCACCAUCCCCACCAAGCAGACGCAGACCUUUACCACCUACUCCGACAACCAACCUGGAGUGCUCAUUCAGGUGUAUGAGGGUGAGCGUGCUAUGACAAAGGACAACAACCUUCUUGGCAAAUUUGAGCUGACCGGCAUCCCACCGGCGCCCCGUGGCGUACCGCAGAUCGAGGUGACCUUUGACAUUGACGCCAACGGCAUCUUGAAUGUCACAGCCGUGGAGAAGUCGACCAACAAGGAGAACAAAAUUACAAUUACCAACGACAAGGGCCGGCUCAGCAAGGAGGAUAUCGAGCGCAUGGUCAAUGACGCCGAGAAGUUCAAAAGCGAAGACGAGGUUCAGCGCAACAGGGUGGCAGCGAAGAAUGCUCUCGAGGCAUAUUGUUUCAACAUGAAGUCAACGAUGGAGGAUGAAAAGCUGAAGGACAAAAUCCCUGAUAGCGACAGGCAAACCGUGCUUGACAAGUGCAAUGAAGCGAUCCGCUGGCUGGAUUCCAACCAGCUGGCCGAGAAGGAGGAAUUCGAGCACAAACAAAAAGAGCUGGAAGGCAUCUGCAGCCCCAUCGUGACGAAGCUUUACCAACAGGCCGGAGCCGGCGCCCCUCCCCCAGCAGGAGCUGCCCCCGGAGGCGCUGCCCCCGGCACUGGAGCUGCUGGACCCACCAUCGAAGAGGUCGAUUAAACUGCUUUUCGUGGAAACGUGGACCAAUAAAAUAUUGCAUUGCAGCAAAA